UGAAUUGCGGAAGGCUCGCGUCGAGGCGUGUUACUACGUCCGGAAUUAGGUCCGGCCCCCAACCUCAGCGCAGGGAGCCGAGAAAACGGUCGCGCAGUUUAAAAUUAACGCUGCCGGGCGGGGCUUAAGCGGCGGCUCUUGCGUGCGGCCCUCUCCACCCUAGCGCAGUCCCUGCAGCUCCGCCUGCGCCAAUCCUAGCCCGGGGUGUUCCGGGCCACGCUAAUCUUUGUCCUUGUCCCGGGGGGACCGCUCCCUCCCAGUCCGAGUCCACCACCCCAGGCCCAAGGCCUUGGGAGCCCGCGCCCCGUGAGAAGGUGGUGCUUAAAGAACCCCGCGGCUCAGCGCCCCAAGCCUAGGGCGAGGAGGUGGGCGGAGCCCGGCUUUGGCGCGCAGCGCGACGCAGAGAGGCCCCCGCGGCCCUGCUCGCCUCCCCCUAAGGAGACCCCCGAGGCGCCACGCCGCGGACGCAAAAAAUGGGAAAGAAACAGAAUGGAAAGAGUAAAAAAGUUGAAGAGGCAGAGCCUGAAGAAUUUGUGGUAGAAAAAGUACUGGACCGGCGUGUAGUGAAUGGGAAGGUGGAGUAUUUCCUCAAGUGGAAGGGGUUCACAGAUGCUGAUAAUACUUGGGAACCAGAAGAAAAUUUAGAUUGUCCAGAAUUAAUUGAAGCAUUUCUUAAUUCUCAAAAAGCUGGUAAAGAAAAAGAUGGUACAAAAAGGAAAUCUUUAUCUGACAGUGAAUCUGAUGAUAGCAAAUCGAAGAAGAAAAGAGAUGCUGCCGACAAACCAAGGGGUUUUGCCAGAGGUCUUGAUCCUGAACGAAUAAUUGGUGCCACAGACAGCAGUGGAGAAUUAAUGUUUCUUAUGAAAUGGAAGGACUCAGAUGAGGCGGACUUGGUGCUGGCAAAGGAGGCGAAUAUGAAGUGUCCUCAGAUCGUCAUCGCCUUUUAUGAGGAAAGGCUGACUUGGCAUUCUUGUCCAGAAGACGAGGCUCAAUAAUUGUUUGCAUUUUUAUAUAUAUUUAUAUAUAUAUAAAAUCUGGAUCUUGAGUUUUGAAUUACUAGUGUGGAAAAAAUAGCAUUCUAAUGAAAAUCGAGUUUGAUAUGCUGGUUUUGAAAGUAUUGACAGUAGUUGGGAUAUUUUUGGUUUUUGUUCUGCAUCAAAAGGCACUGAUUCCUUUGAGCAAAUAAAAGCUUUCUGUAGUUGCUUCUUUUAACAGUAGAAUGUUUGAUACCGUGUUGUAUUUCCUCGGCUUUGAAGAACAACUUUUCUUAAAUGCUGGGGAGAUUUUACAGUCAUUACUCAAUCAGAACUUAUUUUUAACUGGGACACAGAAGGACCAUUCUGGGUUUUUUGUUUGUAAGCUUGUGUGUGCAUAAAACCCUUAUGUAACUGUUUUUCAUUUUGUCUUGUUUUUAGUACUCAAAAACUGUAGAUGAAAACGUGUUGAGAUUCCUCCCUUGUGAACAUUUUCCUGAAACCAUAACCUUUGAGAUCAAGUAGACAGUUCUGGAAUUUACUGGAUAGUUUUAAAGCAACCACAUCAGAAUUUAUUAUCACAUACAGUAGUUUACAAAAUUUUGUCUUUACAAAAUUUCCCUUCAGAAAAUGAAUUAGACAAAGUAGCACUAUGACUUAAUAAUAACAAGACUUAUGCUGGGUGUAGUGGCGUGUGCCUUUAAUCCCAGUACUUUGGAGGCAGAUGGGUCUCUGAUUUAGACUAAAUCAGCCAGGUCUAUUGAGUUUCAGGUCAGCCAGGGCUAUACAGAGAAUCCCUGUCUCUAAAAACUAAGCAAAAAGACAACUGGGCAUGUAAGGUUCCUCUAGUGAACCAUUCCUUUGUAGAAAGUUGAAAUCUAAAAGGUUAUGAUAUGUGGAAUAUCUGUUUGCUGUGGAAAUAGAAUCAUGGUUAGAGAUGGUGUUGGCAGUUUCAGACCUGCUGACAUAAAUGAACAAAAUCUGGUAAUAUAAACUAAUGACUUGCAUGCUUUUUCUUUACCCUGUCUCAUUCCUUACUGGUAGGAUCAAUCUUUUCAGUAUUUGGGUUCUGGUUCAGUGAGCCAGAAAAGUAACUUUGUAGUAUCAGAAUGUCAUCCAACUGUAUAUUUACUUUAUUGUAAAUAAUGGUGAACAGUGGUCAAUAAAUAGUUUUAUAUUCCUUUA